CGAAAGAACUGGCACUCCACACCAUUUUCACCAAGUAGACGCAGCACCGACAUGGGGAACGCGCAUGUGUCGGCGGCACAGGUGGCCCCACAGGAAUGCAAGCUGCUUGCACACCGCAACGCGCCGAUGCGGCAAGGUGAUACGUUCGGUCAGAUAGAUCUAGAUGCGAGUUUGGCGGCGAUUGCCAUCCCGUGGCACUGCAUUCGACUCGGGACGAAACUCGCCGACACCCACGCGCCGUGGGUAAGCAUCAACAAGAGCUGGUGCAUCGGCCCAAACUACAUGACUCGCGUCAUGGUCAAGCAGAUCGACGUAACACGACUCGACACGAUCGCGCUGGCGAAGGAGUUGCAACUCAUGAAGCAGUUGGUCCACCCCAACGUUGUCAAGUUUGUCGGCGUGACGUGCCAAGGACCCCAUUCAUAUGUCGUGACUGAGUGCGUUGAGAACGGCGACUUGCGGCAGUGCCUGCACCGCAUCGAUCUGGAAACGCACGUUGUGUCGCUGCUGCGAGACAUUGCCUGCGGCAUGGCAUUUCUCCACACUCGCAAUCCUCCCAUCAUCCACCAGGCCCUGCAUACCGGCAACAUCCACAUCACACAUGACUUUCGAGCAAAAAUCGCCAACGCUGAAUGCAGCCGAUUCAAAAAACCGGUGGCGCAUCCAUGGGUCGCCCCCGAAGUUGUCGACGCCUCCCAUCCAUUUGAUGAAAUGGCCGACGUUUACAGCUUCGCUCUUGUGAUGGCGGAAGUGCUCGGGGAACGGAGCGAAGCACUCACCGUCGACCUCGUUCGGAUGUAUACGACGUGCCUGAGUCGAAACCCCACCGAUAGACCCACGUUUACUCGAAUAGUCGAGCAAUUGGAUCGACUAAUUUAAUGCGUUUUCCAAACAACUUUCC